UGAGAAAUAUCCACUUCUUCUCCUUAAAACUCAUCUCUCAUUUAAUAUUUCCUCAUCCAAUUAUACAUUCCUUUAUUUAUACUCCUUUUUUUUUUUCUUUCUUCUUUGUCACUGUCCUCUGUUCUUUAGCAGAGUUCCUAAAGCAUCUGCAAUAUAAUUUUCUACAGCCAUCUUGCUCAACAAAUCUAUUUUUCGCGAUCCAAAGAUCUUGCAGUCGCGCAAUGGAGAAAGCAGUGACAUUAGUUGCAUUUAGGCUAUUUGUCGUUCUGUCGAUUUUACUUCUACCAAAUGUAUCAGAGGCAGAACCAAGAUCUCAGAUGAUCCAGAUCAUAUGUAGUACGCAACCUGAGCAUAAUACAACAGCUUUUGUCCCGAAUUUUGUUGCCACAAUGGAAAAAAUAAGUGAUCAAAUGAGAACUCAAGGCUAUGGAAUUGCACUCACCGGGAGUGGACCGGAUGCUAACUAUGGACUAGCACAAUGUUAUGGUGAUCUUUCUUUACUUGACUGUGUCCUAUGCUAUGCUGAAGCUCGCACUGUCCUUCCUCAAUGUUUUCCUUUCAAUGGAGGUCGAAUUUAUCUAGAUGGAUGCUUUAUGCGAGCUGAGAAUUACACGUUUGAUCACCAGUAUUUAGGACCUGAGGACAGACAUGUUUGUGAAAAUAGAACCAGAAAGGAUUCUUUGUUCCAACAAACAGCUAGGCGGGCUGUUCAGCAGGCGGUAGCUAGUGCACCAAACAAUAAUGGCUAUUCCCGUGCUGAAUUGGCAGUGCCUGGGGCAAUGAACGAGACAGCUUAUGUCCUAGCUGAUUGCUGGAAAACACUGAGUGCUAACUCGUGCCGAGCUUGUUUGGAAAAUGCAUCUGCCUCCAUGAUGGGGUGCUUGCCAUGGUCAGAAGGACGAGCGUUGUAUACUGGAUGCUUCCUGAGGUACUCAGAUGUUAAUUUUCUUAAUGCUAUUGCUAGCAGUGAAGACUCAUCGCCAAAUGUGGUAGUGAUUGUAAUUGCUGUUGUUAGUGCUGUGGUCGUCUUCGUACUGGGAGCUAUUAUCGCCUUUUAUAUGUGGAAGAACAAACAAAUACAGAAGAAGAGAAAAGGUUCCAAUGAUGUGGAGAAGUUAGUGAAGACCCUUAACGACAGCAGCCUGAACUUCAAGUAUUCAACUCUUGAGAAAGCCACUGCAUCUUUUGAUGAGGCAAACAAGCUCGGGCAAGGUGGAUUUGGCACAGUUUAUAAGGGAGUUCUACAAGACGGGAGAGAGAUAGCCGUCAAAAGGCUGUUCUUCAACAACAAACACAGAGCUGCAGAUUUUUACAACGAAGUCAAUAUUAUUAGCAGUGUUGAGCACAAAAAUUUAGUAAGGUUAUUAGGAUGCAGCUGUUCCGGACCUGAAAGCCUUCUUGUGUAUGAGUUCCUCCCGAACCAGAGUCUUGAUCGGUUUAUCUUUGACUCUACCAAAGGCAAAACAUUGAAUUGGGAGAAAAGAUUUGACAUCAUUAUAGGGACUGCAGAAGGUUUGGUGUACCUCCACGAAAACAAUAGAACGAGGAUUAUUCAUAGAGAUAUAAAAGCCAGCAAUAUCCUGUUGGAUUCGAGGCUCAGAGCAAAAAUUGCUGAUUUCGGGUUGGCCAGAUCUUUCCAAGAAGACAAGAGUCACAUAAGCACCGCUAUAGCUGGGACUUUAGGUUAUAUGGCACCAGAAUACUUAGCUCAUGGCCAAUUAACUGAAAAGGCAGAUGUUUACAGCUUUGGUGUUCUUUUAUUGGAGAUUGUUACCGGAAGACAGAAUAACAGAAGCAAAAACACUGAAUACUCUGACAGUUUAAUUUCCAUUACGUGGCAGCAUUUUCAGCAUGCGAGAGUAGAGGAACUGUUUGAUCCAAAUCUAAUGCUGCACAACUAUCACACAAGCAAUGUAAAAAAGGAGGUUCUAAGAGUGGUACAUGUAGGACUUUUGUGCACACAAGAGAUUCCGGGAUUAAGACCGUCUAUGUCUAAGGCAUUGCAGAUGCUAGUAAAGAAAGAAGAAGAGUUACCUGCACCAACUAAUCCUCCCUUUGUAGAUGAGAAAACCAUGGAGCUUCAUGACCCUUGGGAUACCCCAUCUUAUCCCCAUGGAGAUGAUUCAGCUUCAAUUGCAAACAUUUCUCACAGCUCAUUCUACCCCAGAUGAUGUGUCAGUGGCCUCAAACUGAGACAUGAUAUAAAUCUGCUAGAGAACGGAUCUCGUGAAUCUCAAGUAUCUUCUUGCCUCAUGUUCCUUUUUUGAAUACUCUAGGAGCAGAUGUUUGUUAGCAACAGGUUGCUUUGUCAUUGUAAUGGUGAUGUGCUUGCACAAAUCUUGCGGGAAGUUUAUCAUUGUAAGUAGAUACACAUUAUAUCUUGUCAUUUGUAAUGGUGAAGUAAGAUAUUGUUGGACAUACUAUCGGUAAGAUUGUAGUACAAGAUUAAAUAUAGUUUAUCUUGAUUAUGAGAAUGGUUUGCUUCCAACAGUG